CCCGCCCGCACGCACGCAUCCACCCACCCACGACCAGCGCCUCGCCCCGCCCCCGCCCCCGCCCACCUCUCCGAGGCGAAGACGACGCGGCCGCGACCGCAUCGGAUUGGAUCGGAUAUGGAGAGGAGGGAGGACGCGCUCCUCCUCCUCCUCGCUAUCCCCAUCUCCUCCUCUCCCCAACCUCUCCCCUCCCCGUGGCCUGACUGACCCCCUCCUGAAUUCCUGAUCCCCUCACACCACCACGCGGCCCUCGGUCUUCCCUCCUCCUCGCCCUCGCCUCCCCCGUCUGGAUCUAGCCUAGCCCCCCCUCCCCUCUCGCCCUCGUCCUCCUCACGAGAUGGACUACGGCGACGGGGAGGUGCGGCUGGUGAGGAGGAAGGGGAAGAAGAGGCUCGCUCCGCCUCCGCCUCCGCCUCCGGCGGCGGAGAGGGGCGAGAGGGACAGGUUGGACGAGCUCCGGCGGGACUACCGCGAUGUGCUCAAGGAUAAUGAGAUGAAGAGGAGGAAGCUAGAGAGCAUAAACAAGCGAAAGCUCGUCCUGCUUUCUGAAGUCAAGUUCUUACAAAAGAAGUUAAAUUCUUUCAAGAAGAAUGAUUCGCAGCAAGUACGGCUGAAGAAGAAAGCUCCGCGAGUCCCAUCUCAUGUGGGAAUCAAUGAUGCUUCAGCUUUUUAUGGGGCGAGUACUGAAGUGCCAUCUACCAGUAAAAGAACAGAUUUAGAUUUAAAUCAAGAUUCUGCAAUGAAUGAUGAGCUUUCUGAUUUCCCGGGGCACCAUAACCAUUUGGAACUUAAAAAGGCUGAACAGGCUGGAGUAGAUGAAGAUAUUAUGACUGCCGAUGUCAACCUAUCAGCUUGUAGGGAUACCGGAAACUCUCCGGCAAGCGAUGAUAAGAGGAGUGUUUCAUGGCAAGACCGUGUAGCGUUGAAGGUCUAGUCCUUCCAUAGAUGUGGCUAUGAAAUAACAUCCUUCUCAGAUGAUUAACUGCACUCUGCUUAUUUUUUUCUGAAAUAUUUUGCAGUGCUUUGUAUAUCACAAGAGUCUUAGUUAGACAUGCCUUAAUGCAAGCUCGAUCUGAUGAUGUGAUGUUAUGAAAUAUCCACCCAGAUUUUGAACUGACGCACAUUGACUGCAUUUGUCUGGAUUGUGUUCUGCUGCAUCCUUUGGAAACAUGGUGACAAAUCAAUGUUUUUUGUUUGUUGUUACCAUUUACUUCUGAAAUGGCAACUGCAGCAGACUGGCAUCCUGGCAUUUUGACAUGUAUAUCAUAUUGUAACAUGUGAAAUGAAUUAUGAAUAUCAAGCAAGUUGUAUUGUAA